AGUUAAAAAAAUUGAAGCUAUCGCCGCAAAACUAAAAAAAAUUUAACUAAAAUUCAAGAAUCGUGAAUGGUUCAGUGGCGAUACAUUUGUCUACACUAAAAAUCACGAUCUCCGUAAACGAUUACAUGCGAUAUAUGUCAUCAAUAUGUAUGCAUAUAUACAUACGUAUAGAAAUUGAGCUUGGAGAAUAUAAACUUCACAAGUAUAUAACAAGCAAAACUCGAGUACAAAGGGCAAGCAAAGCAUGAGCAAACUACAUUGAACCUGCGACGUAACCUAUUUUUGUCGCAUAUUAUAUUUAAUUUUUUUUAAGAUAUGUACUUAUUAUAUUGUAAAUGCAACAAAGCAUUAAUAAUUAAAAUAGUUUACUAUCCUAUAUAUAAAUUUCGACUAAUAUUGAUAAUAUUAUUGGCAGUUAUAAAAGUGACAGGCCUAUUAUAUUAUUUUAAAAACAAGGAAAACCUUGAAUAUUAUUAACAGGCCUCAUUAUACUGUAAUUUACAAUGUUUAUAAAAAAAUGCAUUAAAAAAAUGUCAGAAAAAUGAAAAUAUCUAAAACAAAAAACACCAACUGACUAAUAUAUACAAUUAUACGACUCGACACACUUGAGUAAACACACUCGAGUAAACGACUCUCGAGAUUUAAAAAACAAUAGAUACAGGCAAAUGGGAGUCCAGCGCGGUUAGUGUUGCGCAAAAUCAAAUAUAUUUAUUAACAAUAUUCUUAAACGUUUUCUAUAUUCGUACUUUUCGACUCAGCUUUGGAGUCAUCUUCAGCGUGACAAAAUUAUAUCAAAAAUAAUCGUUUGGUCAUCGUCGCUCGAGUGUGCAGUUGAGCGGUUUGCAGUUCCGAAGUAAAACUUUCCGCUGUGACUCAUCUCGUCUGUGUUCAAAUUUUUCGUAUGUUUUUGGUGUACAUUCUAUAUGUAAUGCAAUACGUGAUAUAACUCGCUCAUUUCCGAUAAUGUAUUUUUACAAUUUUUCGUUAUUUUUCUGUAUUCGUUAUCGUUCGACUUCUAUGUAAGCGAUGUUUUUCUAUUGGCUGUUUUGAUCGCAAAAUGAUAAAUCUCUUAUCAUAUAAUUGAUAUCUUAUACAUAUCCUACACGAUAAGCAAAAAAUUUUUCAUGUGUAGUCUACUAAUAAGCGUGAUACCAAGCGUAGAACACGUAGAACAGGUGUAAUUGACAAUCGAUUAUGCCAAUCACCUUGAGUGUUAAUUAAUAGUGCAAAUCUCUUUAUAAAUAUUUUGUGAAUGUGAAUUACCAAAUUAAAUCUUGUUCGUGUAUACAGAAUCAUUACAAGACAUUUUUAAACAACAAAAUGGCUUGCGAAAAGAUGCAGGAGUGUCUACUGGACGACUGCGAUUCUUCUUUAAUCAGUAUACAAGAUCUUUAUGAGCGUCAGCUGAACAUCGAACAAUUCAAAGAUUUCCAAUCUUUCCAAAAUAUCGUAAAGCGUGCUUUGAGAAACUCGCAACUUAUUAAUUACAUACUUAUCGACUCUAAACAUCUAAAAGAAACAUGCCUUGAUAUAGCUAGCAAAAAUGGCUUUACGGAAUUCGUAAAAAUCUUAUUGGGUCAAGGGGUAAAGCUUAACAGGGUGAACAACACGUAUAAUCACGCUCCUAUUCACUUCGCCGCAGAAGGCGGACACGUAGACACGUUGGAAGCUUUACUAGCUGAUGCGACGGUAAAUCCUAAUCUCCAGGCUGGACAGCAGACCGCUCUGCAUAUUGCGGUGAACAGAAAUGAUCAAAAGUGUGCUUUACAACUACUGCAGAAAGGUGCUAGCGCUAAUAUUCCCAACGGUGAGGGUUUAACUGCCAGCCGACUAGCGGUAAAGAAAAAACAGCAUCGUUUCCAGCACGACAUGGCAGAGUUGAUACAACAAGAACAGUGGCAAUCCUCGGAUCUAGAUAGUUACAGUCACAACAAUCAGACAAUAGGCAAGGUGAUCCACCAGAACCGACCAAAUCUAGAACUUCACAAAUAUCCAUUUUACCAUAAAUAUGAUCUUCAGUACUAUUUGAUGGUCAAUGAUGAAACAAAUUUUUUGAAAAAUAUGCCUAAGGAGACUUCUUUGUCGAAUGAUGAGUGUUUAAAGCUAUUGAAAAUAGCCAUGCGAAAUAAUCUUCGUAAGGCAGUGAGAGAAAUUCUAAAAAGCCUUAAAGAAAUAGAAGGAGAUACGAGGAAAAAGUUCUUCGUAGAGCAAGCGGCACGCAUGGCAAUUGAAAAGGGUCAUUACGCUGUUCUUCAGGAAUUGCUGAACGUAGUGCCAGAAAUAACUAAGGACCUAAUUAUAGAUGUUUGCUGGCAGCUGAAAAAAUUGAGAGACCAAGAUAAAAAGCUUGAUAUAUCCGAUUGGCUAGAGUGUAUGAACUUGAUGCUGGAUAAAGAAGGAGUGAACAUUCGCGCAAUAACGGACGAAAAGUCUAACACGCCACUGCAUUAUGCCGCCAAAUCGGGCUUUAGCGAAGCGAUUUCUCUAUUUCUCAAUCGAGACAGCUAUAUAGGUCAUUUAAACGAUGUUAAUAAACCGCCUAUCGCAGAUAUUCCGGAAAGCAUGCUGUCAAACUACUUUGAUAAUUGUAUACAGAUGAAGACGGACCAGCAAACAAACAAGUGCGCAAUCGAAUUCAAUUAUCGCUGCUUGAUGCCACCCAAUGUUUCCAAGGCGCAAGGCGAUGAUCUGGGAACUCGCGAGUUGGAAGUGUUCAUGUAUAUUGCUAAUAACAACAACCUCAAACAAUUGCUGAAGCAUCCGCUGCUCUCGUCUUUUCUCCACCUCAAAUGGCACAUGAUACGGCACCUCUUGUUUGUGAAUUUUAUCAUCUAUGUAGUCUUCUACAUCUUGUUGAACGGUUACAUUCUGAGUAUGGCAUACAAAAGUUCUCCGAAUAAAGACGAAGCGGAGUCGUUCAACAUGUCUCUAGGGAGAGUUUCCAUGCAAAUGUUUCAGAACGUUCACCAGAACAAUAUGUUACAGAAUUCUAUUAUUAUAAUGCUGUCACUUUAUAUCUUUCGAGACUUCAUUUUACUCCUCAGUUGUUUUAAGCACUACACGAAGGAUUUUACGAACUGGUUGCAGAUCAGCCUAAUUGCACUAAGUAUCGCCAUGCUAUGCAGCAACAUACUGAACUUACUGCCAGACUACUUGCAACUUAAUAUCGGUGUCACGGUAAUCCUAAUAUCCACCUGGAAACUCAUGAUUCUGAUCAGCCAGUAUCCGAGAUUUACUACUGGCAUUGUGAUUUUUCAAACUGUCUUCUGGAACUUUGUAUGCUUAUUCGUGCCGUACAUAUUUCUCGUCAUCGCGUUCGCUCUGGUCUUCCAAAUAUUUUUUAAGGACGGCCAGGAUCCAAAUUUCAAGGAUUCAAAUCUCAUCUUUUCGAUCAGCAAAAUUAUUAUCAUGCUCACCGGUGAGUUCGAUAUAGACGAUAUUACAUUCCAAUUAGAGGAAUCAAUGUGGAUCCGUUUCGUGUUCGUGAUAUUCGUCCUUCUCAUGGUUAUCGUAUUAAUGAAUAUGAUAAAUGGUAUUGCGGUUAGCGAUACCGCCGAGAUUCUGUGCAAGACCGAGCUGAUUGGACUCAUUGAGCGGAUACAUCUGAUUGCUUACUUUGAGAAUAUCGCCUGCGCGAUCGAUGAGUCACUUAGACGAUGGUCUUCUAGAUGUCUACUAUGGAAGUCCUUCGCUAGUCUUGCUAGCAGGACUUUUCUGUCUCAAAAUUAUCUGAGAGAUAAAGACGGCAAGAUUAGCUUUGAGAUUGAGGACAGUCGAAAUUCUCAUGACGACAAUAACGUUCCUAGCGAGAAAAAAGGUAACAAAUUUUAUGCUAGCUGGAAAAUGGACCGCAAUAUAAUUGAGCGAGCUAAACAGAUUAUCUUCAAUAAGAAUCAACAGUCGGAUAAUGAGAAAAUCAUGAUUGCGUUGAAUAAGCUGCAGGAAGCGAUGGGAAUCGAGGUGACUAAAAUUUAGAUCGAAAUAUAUGAUUAAGUUUUAUAAAGUAUCUAUUUGAUAAGCUAAAGAAAGAGAUUAAAUAUUGUGAAACGCUGUCUGUGAUAAUAA